ACAGACGACAAAAAAUUGACAAGCUGAUUGUCCUGCGUAGUGAUUUAUUUCUAUUUAUUAAAAUUUCAUCAAAAUGCAGAAUCAUGGCAGAGGAGAAGAACACUUUCAGUUUAUGGAACGCACAGACCGCAAGAGUCUACACACGCAAAUUGGUCUGCUAGUGGCCAAGGCACAACAGACGGCGCAGGAGGAGCUGCAGGAGCGCAGCCAGCGCUUGAAGAAUAUGCUCGACAAUGAGGACAAGCAGUACGAGCAGGAGUUUGCCAGCAAGGUGAAGAACCGCCUGGACGACGAGAUACGCAACCGUCAGGAGCGACUGAACGAGAUCAAGGCGGCACGGGACAAACGCCACAAGGAGUUCUGCGAUGCGAAGCGUAUGCAGCAGGUGAUGCUGAACUGCUACGAGCUGCGCGAGGCACUGCGCCAGAAGGAUCGCGAGGACACCAGAAUCUGCCUGGAGGAGCAGAUGCAGGAGAAUCUGCGCAUGAAGCGCCGCGAAUGCGAGAGGGAGAACUAUUGGCUGCAACUCGAGAAACGGCGCUGGGAGGAGUACGAUCGUGUAGAAGAGUAUGAGAGACGCACGCGUGAGCAGCUGAAAAGCCAGAUAACGAAGGUGCUGGAGGUACAACUGGAGGAGCAUGAGGAAAAACGGCAGAAGGAGCUCGCAGAGAAACGCCAGGACACCAUCAAUGCGGACAAGCUGAUUGAGGAGCUGCGCCUGGAGGAAUUCGACUACAAGCACCGAGAAUUGGACAAAAGCAAGGAGAAGUAUCGCAACGAGCUGCUUGAGGAAAUUCGACGCCGCAAAUGCGAAAAGAUCGCUCAAUGGGAGGCCGACAAGGCCGAGCACGAGGAGUUCAUACGCGAGACGCAGCGCCUCGAGGCAGAGGCCAAGGAGCGCAUCUGUCGCACGAAGCGCGAAUUGGCGCGCGCCACUCACGAAUACAUUGCAUAUGUGCGACGCAUGCGCAACCUCGAGCUGGGCAUUGAGAAGAUGAUGAACGAUCGCACUGACGACCUCUUCCACGUGGACUAUUGCUGCAAGAACAACGUUGCGGAGCGCACACGCGCCAAGCGCGAGGAGGCCGCGCGCUGCCACGCGUAUCUCAAGAAGCAGAUCUGCGAGGAAAUUGAGCGCAAAAUGCGCCUGGAAGCUGAGGUGCAUGAGAAUAAAAUGCCCGAAAAUCGAUUCGUCCAUCCACCCGUCACAAGGACCAUGAUACGAUGCCAGCAGCGACAGAGGUGCCUGGAUCUAAAUGCCCAAAUCAUCGAGAUGAAGCGUAUUCAGGCCGAGGAGGAGCGCGCCUUUGAGCAGAAACUACUGAAAGCCGUCGACGAUCCCGAGGUGUGCAUCCAGCUAGCCGCACAGUUCAUGCAAGAACCCACCGACUACCUGCCCGCGCAUCCCAAUUGGAAAAUACACGCCUGUCCCAAAAACAAAUACGUUGCCAAGCCGCCCAUGAGUCAGCAGCAAUUCGACGAGCUGAUUGCAAAGAAGGGCAUCGACAGCUGCCCCUUCCCAAAGGCCGCCCGCAACGAUUGCGGCCUGAUGGCUCAGGUGUGUGACCAUGCAACGCCAGCAGCCAAGAAACCCGAAACAGGCGCCGAAGCCGAAGCAGGAGGUGGAGACAGCCAGCCGAAGGCUCAGAAAGAUGCAUUCAAGAGCUGCAAAUGUGAUGUUAAAUGAGACAUGCCAUGAACAAAUUUCGUUUUCGUGCCAGUUCAGAUAAAUACCACAAGUUGAGUGUUCAGUGUUUAGUUCAACAGAGAAUCCCAAUAAAUUAAGCUGUGCCAAGUU